GUUGUACCCUGGUACUUGUUGCAGGUGCCGGGUUAUGAGUUCCGCCGCCGCAGCUGGAGGAGUUGGAGCUCAAGAUCCCGAAGGCUGAACCCGGUAUAUUGGCGCCGCUAUAACUAAUAGCGGGGGAAACGAGUUCAUUUGAUCGAUCUGUAAACUGUAGUGAAGCUUUUUUCCUUUUUAGGCAGAUGUUAGCAGGCCAUUUAAAGAGGGGGAUUGAAUGGCUCCAAGAAAUUGUACUGUCUGUACUCUGUAGCACUCACACUAAUAGUUACUGGAAGCUCUACAGGCAUUGGUCUUGCCAUCGUCCGUGCUCUCUGCCGACACUUUGGAGAGAAAGGAGCCAUAUAUUUGACCGCCAAGGAUGAAAGCCAAGAUGGGAUGCAGGCCGUUAAACUCUUGAACAGUGAAGGGCUCAAUCCUAGAUUCAAUCUGCUUGAUGUCACCAAUGUAGCGAGCGUGGAGAAGCUUCGGGAUGAUAUAAAGGCCGAGCAUGGAGGUUUAGAUAUUUUGAUCAACAAUGCAGGAAUUGCCUUUAGAGGUAAUGAUGUCCCAAUGUCUGAGCAGGCUGAAAGAACGAUCCGGACCAACUAUCAUGGUGUACGUCUAGUGACCAAAGCUUUCUUGCCAAUUAUCAGGAAUGGUGGAAGGGUUGUAAAUCUUGCUAGUAAGGCAGCACCGAUGGCAUAUUACGAGAUGAGCGAAGAACUCCAGAAACGCUUCCGAGAGGUCACAACAGAGGACGGUGUAACAGAUCUCAUGAAUGAAUUCGUAGAGGGCACAAAAGUAGGAGACCAUGUACAAAAGGGAUGGAGAGAUUGGGCUUAUGGGACCAGCAAACUCGGAAUAGUAGCCCUCACCAGAGUAAACAGUGAAAGUGUGAGCAAGGUUUCAAGCAAAACAGAUGUCCUUAUCAAUUGCUGUAGCCCUGGAUAUGUCUUGACUGAUAUUACAUCCCACCAUAGCGGCGAGAGAGCCAAAAUGAUAUUAACCCCCGAAGAGGGCGCCGACACACCUGUCUACUUGGCCCUCUUACCGGCUGGGACCACCAACAUUCAGGGCAAGUACUUGUCCAAGAGGGCGGUCAAGAAUUUUUUCGAGGAGGACAUCAGGCCGUUCCAUCCUUUAGAUUAGUCCUACUUGGUCUCGUCAGGUGCAGGAUUUCAGAUAAGUGCAGACAAAGCUGUCUAUUAAGGUCACCCAAGGGAGACAGAAGUUACCACUGUAGACAGGUGGACUUUAUAUAUAGGUAUAACUCCUCCUAUUCCUUUCAAUCAAAUGGGGGACAAUGUUGGUGUCCACUAAAAACAUACCUUAACUGUAAUAAACAGGUGGCCUCAAAGGUAAGAUUGACUGGAUUUAGGAGUCUUGAAAGAAUUGAGGAAAUUCAGUCAUGGGAAAAGUUGAUGCUAUUCAAUCUGUUCAAUCAGAAUGGACUAAGGCAGGCUUUACUAAUUUUCUUUUUUCUGUACUAUUUUGUGUGUUAAUUUCAUGGGUCAAACAUUGCUAUGAUUAUCUCUUCUGUGUAUUGCUUUUUCUGCUUAUGAAAAAAAAAAACAGAAAUCAUGACAACGACUUUUGAAUAUUCAGAGUAAAACAAAUCAGGAAAUCAUGAAAAAUCAGAGACAAAUCAUCUUUAAGAUUUGUAGAUUAAUUUUAAUAAAAAUUGAACAAAACCUGUAUUUGGCUACUAUAGAUAAAAGGCUGAUGUAAGUUUAUGGGAAUCUAAAUAUUCAAUACUAAUUGCAUUCAGACUGUGCCAAGUUUUUUUUUGCUUUUGCUGAUUUACUCCUAUUUUUCUGUGUAUGCACCUGUAGAUGCAUAAUUUGUGAAAUAUUGAAGCUGAAAUACUAGAACUAUCUAUUAGUCAAAAAGUUUUCACCUUGAUAUGCUUUAUUUAUUAAUAUACAUGUAUAUACAACUCAAAUAUUCUUUUAAUUUGUUUGGUUGAAAGGUGUUCUAUAUUUGAGCCAUUUUCAUGCUGAUUGGUGGUGAUGAUGGCGAUGAUGGCGGUGGUGAGGUUGAUGAUUAUGGUGAUGAUGGUAGUGGUGUUGAUGAUAAUGAUGAUGGUGAUGAAAAAAAUUACAAGGUGCAACUUUUAUGUACAUCAAUUAGUAGAAUUAUUUUCAGGUGAAAUGACCAAAAUAAAUCAUGCAUGCUUCCAUAAA